AUGGGCAAAAUCUCGAAGACCAUGCAGAACAAACACAAGGAGACCUUGUCCCCUUGGUUGAAAGACUUCGUGCAGACCGUCUCUGCUGCCCCUCUACCGCUGAUUCCUCAACAUCUCGACCGCUUCCCCACAAGAUGGCCAUUUCCACGUGGUGAUCUGUAUCACUGGAUUCCGCUUCUGAACAGGUUCGACAACAUUCUCGAAGGCGUCGCCGCUACUUACAAACUUGGCGAUGGCCCGCAAGCCCGGGAUUUCGGCUGCGACAUUCUGCUGAAGAAAUGCCCCUCUAUCAACUUUCAAGAUGAUCAGCCAUGGGACAUGGCAAGGCUAAAAGAGCUGGGAUACGAGAAGGAUGGGGACAGCCAGCUCCUCAUCUCGAUCUUGAAAUUCAGCCGAAUGUUACUAGAGCGCUGUGGGAAUAGGAGCAUCUAUGCCAGCAGCGCACAUCUCAACGAGCUGCUGAACUCUACCUCGCUUCCUGUACUUUUGGCGACCCUGCAAGUCGGCAUGCAGCUCGCACAACGGUACCAGGCAUCCGUCAAGCGCAUGGGCGGUACCAAUCGUCAGAUCAGCAAUGCUAUCCUGGCUAACCACUACGAUAUCGAGCUGGACAGGGUUCACCAGCUUGCGCAGCCAUUUGUGAAGACUCCUAUCGUCCCUCUUGCCACCGAUCCAACCACCCCUAAAACCCCCGCUUCUACAGGCAAGGGGAAGGAGAAGGCACAUGGCGCUGCUGCUAAGAACGUUGCGUCGCUCUAUGCCAACGACCUUGUCUCGAUAGCCACGCCAGACCAACAAGACGAGGGACGCUGGCAUGGCUGGGGGGACCUGAAAUUGGUUUACUAUCCGCAGCAGAACCCAGCCGACCCUAGCUCAAGCCGAGCACCAGCGCUGGAUCGUGGAAGCUCCUCUGUCCCUACUACUCCUACGCCCUUACGGCGUAGCAACACUGCCGGCUCGACGCAGCAUAGGACGCCGCGUAAUGAGCGCGCGGGCGCUAGUGGCGUUGAGGACGGUUCAUCACCGGUGUCAUACACCCGGUCGCCUGCAAUGGCACACGAUGACUCGGCUGCUCCGAGUCAAAAACUGUUCGAGAUCCCCCAAACGGCGGUAUCGUCCAGUUCCAUCUACGAUCUUCUGUCACGUUGCCCUGCAGAUAUGCCCGAGGGGUACCGCUACGAGGUCCUGAAUCGACUCAGAAUCGCCAAGGCACUACUUGAUUCCCCCGAGAGUCGUCAGCAGGCUUUAGCUGUGCGCUUCAUGGCUAUCCUCAACCUGGCAUACAUUCACCCCGAGGCCAUAUUCGUUGAGAAGGCUCUCCGACAGGACAACGACGAGCCACGUCGCUUCCAGCUUACUUACCAGUUGACAGAGUUCAUCCACCCCUCAACUGUUGGGGCACCUGCGAUGCCGCUCUGGCUUCAAUCCAUUGCCUUGAGGCUUCUUGAAGCCAUAUGCAUGAUGCAGUCAAAGCUCUCGGAUGUACUGUCCGCUCUCAACGCGAAUGUCAACCAUGGUGUACUCUUGUACGUCAUUCGUAAGGCUGUAGCCGAGAUGAAGGAGGACGAGGAUGAUACCGGAGACCAGGUUACCGUCACGGAUGAAUGGCGGGGCAAUCUAUUCUCCCUAGCCAUGUUCGUUACAAUGUCUGGCCGAAUUGGCAACGAGGUCAUUUCCGCCGGGUUGAUGGACGUUCUCAUCGACAUCCUUAAGAUUCGCUCUCCUACUGCGGUCCGCGUCCACUCGGUCGUGCUCACCUUCCUGGACAACCUGAUCUAUGGGAUACAGGGUGCUUUCCAGGCGUUUGUCAAUGGCCGUGGUUUGGACUGUAUCUCUCAGCUGCUUAUUGAUACCACCUCAUCCGCGAUCGAACUUACGAAUUCUGGCUCAGGUACAAAGCCCGAGUUUCGGUCGACGAUUGUCGACUACGAGAUUCCCUUCUAUCAGCAGCAGGUGCUGAAAUGGCUUCUCAAGCUUACCCACCAUAUCAUGAGCAAUGCGUACACCUAUGGAGGCAACACUGACCGGUUGUUGCGAAACUUGGUGGACAACUCCACCAUGCUUGACAGUCUGCGCCGCAUCAUGGAGAGCAUGAAGCGCUUUGGCUCAGUGGUGUGGACCAAUGUCGUGACAAUUUUGAGCGACUUUAUCAACAAUGACCCUACCAGCUUCGCCGCUAUCUCUGAAUCUGGGAUGAUUACAAGCUUCCUAGAAUCCAUCACCGGACGGCCCGUUGUAUCUGAACAGGUAGAUGCACAGAGCAGCCACGCUACUGCAACCGAUGAAGAAGCAGACGAUGCAUCGUCGCCUGAGUCGGAUGGUUCGGUCUUGCUUGAAACAGAUCACCGGCCUCAUCCACCCACGAACGAUACGUUGGAAGCCACUCGCGACCGUCCCCUUGCGCGCGGCAUUCUACCGUCCUCAGAGGCAAUCAGCAUCAUCCCAACCAUACUCAAUUCCAUCUCACUGAACAAUGCUGGCAUGAAGAUGGUUGUCUCUUCUCGGGCAUUCGAUAGCUACCUGGAUAUUUUUGAGAGUCCGUUGCACGUGCACUGCAUGGAGGGCGAUAUCGAUCUUGCCUCGAGCGUUGGCAACAGCUUUGACGAACUGGCUCGACACCACCCCGCCCUGAGACCAGCAAUCGCCAACUCAGUCUUGGAUAUGGUUGCACGGGUGAACUACCUGGCGAAAUCCAAGGCCGAAAAUGAGGGAUGGGGAGUCAAAAUGCUGGGGGACGCCAGCCCACAGCAGGAUGUGACAACUGCCGAAUCGACUAAGGGCAAGCAGACUGCGACUUUGCCAGAAGAUGUCACGAUGCAGGAUGCCGUAGAAUCAACGGAGGGAAAGUCCUCCGCUAUCUCCGAAGGCACCGACAGUGCCUCUACUGUUCCUUCGCACACGGAGAUCACGCCCUAUAUCAAUGCUCUGUCGACUUUCCUGUCAGCGUACUUGACGAAUACGAAUCUCCGCUCGCUUUUUGUGAGAGACGGAGGCGUAGAGCUCCUACUUGACCUCUCCGCCACGCCGAGCCUCCCGUAUGAUUUCGCCGAGACCGCUGCAGCCAGGACUCUCCAACAUGUGGUUUCUCAGGUUGCUGAGCAGUCGCCGAUCUUGUGCCUGCCGUCACUUCUACAGCGAACGCAGUCUGCUAUUGAUGCCCUGGGCCCGAUGAUCACGGCUGGCGAAUCGCACUCAAUCUUCAGGAAGUUCCUGGCUUUCGGGCCCGAGGCGCCCACUGUACAGGACGAGGAUCUUGAACAAGGCACAAAGGUCGUGAAGGCUCUGCUCAGCGCAGAGAUUCUCAUCAGAACACUGUACCAAUGCUUCCCUUAUUCUUCGCGACAUGCAACCCACACUCUGCAUUCCGUCAAUGUCUUUGACUACUAUACGCACUUGAUCAAGUCACUCGCCCCGCUCCUACGUCCGAUAUUGACUGCAGAACUGGAUAUCGCCGGUUCGGUUCCAUCUCAUUGGACCCGCCCAGUCUCUGUUGCUCAAGAUAAACCCAGCGAUCAGAAUGCAGCUGGUUCAGCAACGCCGGGCGAUGAGGGUGACGACAUCACCAUCCAGGAUAUCUUGACGGCGGAAGCUCGUCAAGAGAACACUGCUGGUCAGCUGACAAAGCUGUCACCUCAAGAGCAAGCGUCUAACCGGUACCGGAAUUUCAAGACACUUCGCACUUUACUUCAUGCCUUCAUGCCAACGGCCUUGCCGUUCUAUCAGACCCUUGGUAAAGCUCUACUACCUCGCCGAGAGCGUGACCCUUAUUUGAGAUCGGGCCACCUGCGUAUUGCCGAGGCUCUCGCAGAGACCAUCUUGUAUCAGUUGGACUCGGGUCAACUUGACAAGGCCGACUACCAUUAUUGGAUCGUCAUGUUGCACACGGUUCAUGAGAUGUUUGUUGAUCACACUCGACCAAGUGAUCGUUCUGGUGCUCAUAUCAUCAUCCCGGUUCUGGUAGCUUUCAAGAAGCGAGGCGGGCUCGACUCGCUGAAUGCGCUCCUGCGAUCUUUUAUCAGCGAGGUUUCCCGGGGUCCAGACGAGGCUGCUCAAGUCUCGGCAAAGCCCAGGAUGGCUGUCCUAGGUAUGAAAAAGAUCUUGGAGCUUUACGCCCUCCUUGUCAAUGGCAAGAACAUCUCAGAAUCUGUCAGCCAAGUUGACAGGAACUCUUCGCAUGGUGGAGCUCAGCUCUUGGUUGAACUACGCAUGGCCAUUUUACCGAUUGCACGGGAGCUUUGGGAUUCUGAUAUCAUGGAAAAGAUCUCCACCCCGGUCCUGAGCAAGAUCGUCGAAAUCCUCAAGACAAUUGCGUCAGGAUCUGAUUUAGAAUCCAAUGCAUACCGCCGGGCUGAAGGCAAACCUCCCCCACCACCCUUGUUCAACACCGAAGUGGUCAAAUUCCGCUGGAGCCUAGCUUCCAACCAGAUAUCGACGCUUGCACAACGUCAGAAUGCACAACAUCAGAACUAUGGCGAGGAUCUGGCACGGGAAGCAGUCUACCGCGCCAACGGCAAUCUAGACGGCGCCACGGAGUAUUGCAGAGCUCAUAGCGCUGGCUUGGCCGGUCCUCGACACCCUGUUCCUGAAGAUGACGCUUAUCAAGUGCCGCCUACACCGGAGCAGACCGGCCUUCAGAGUCAACCCUCCGCACCAAGUGCCGCAGCUCUUCUCAGUGAUGCCAUGAUGUUGGACCCCUCACCAGAACUUGACCGCUUGUUGGGUGAAGCUGGCCUUGACGACCUUAGGGAACACUCAUCGGACGUGUCUAGUAGCAACGACGAUGACGAGGCGGUAGACCCUCCGGCUACGUCGAGCGCGAAUACUGGCCAAGACAACCAGCCGGCCACAUCAACAGCCAAAGCACCAAGUUCCUUGUCUCGGUCUACGUCGGGGACUACACUCCCUGUCUCCAAGGAGGACCUUGAUGCCGAGAGAGAAAAGCUCAAGGCCAACCUUAUCGAUCGAUGCCUUGAGAUCAUUGCAGCUCACCCCGAUGCUGUCCAUGACGUUUCCGAACUCAUCUCUACCAUCGUUCUGAAGUCGGACAAUGAUGACGACCGGCAAGAAGUUGGAGAGACGCUGGCGAACGCCUUGAUGUCCCUGAGUAUCAGUGAUGAGGUAGAAAAACCCAACGCACAGCGCAUCGCUGCGUAUGCCCAUCUGCUCUCGAUACUCCUUCUAGAGUCCACCGCACUGUUCCAAAGCACGUUGCCUACAAUUCGGGACAACCUUGCCGCGUACCUUUCCUUCCUUCACAUUCCACCAAGCAGCGCAACCGAAGAGCUCCCUCAGUGGACGCCAUAUAUUCUGCUGAUUUUCGAAAUUCUUCUGAGCGAUGAUUGCCAGGUCGUUGAAGCCAAAUGGAAACCGCCUACCUCUGAGAGUGAUACCAUUGAGCCGCUGGUGUUGCAAGCAAAGGAACCCGUCAUCGGCGAUGAAGAGCGACAGGUCCUCCUUGAUGCAGUCCUGGAGUUACUGCCACGCAUUGGCAAGGAGGAGAUGCUAGCCACAGCGAUUUUGCGCGUCCUUGUCGUUAUGACACGAAGCCGCUCAACGGCAAAGAUCGUGGGCGAGAAGAAGAACCUGCAACGCCUCUUCGUCAUGGCCAAGCAACUCUCUGGUGUGGGCUCCAUGCGUUUCAAGGAAGGGCGCAUUGGCGCGAACAUCAUGAUCAUCCUUCGCCAUAUCGUCGAGGAUGAUGAGACCAUCAAGCAGAUCAUGCGUUCUGAGAUCCAAGCCUACUUCGAAGGCCCUUCAAGGACGCAGAGAGCUCAUGAAAUUCAGAAUUUCCUGCGCAACAUGUCUCAUGUGGCGUUGCGCUCGCCUGAGCUUUUUGUGGAGGCGACCCAAGAGAUGACAAAACUCCACAAGUGGCUUCCCAGCCAGAGUGACCGUUCUGCUCCCCAGGGGUCUUUGCAGCUCAAGGAGAAGUCGGAGCAAUCUUCACCGGAAGACAAUCGCAAGGACGAUUCGGUGGGCCCGGCCGUGCAAGCCACGCAAGGCUUGAACAUCAAUGAUGUCAAACCAUCCACUGAGGGACAAGACCAAGAGAUGGCCGAUGCUCCAAAGACUCCCGCUCAUGAUCACAAGCGCCCCAUUGUCGAGAACCCAGACGGCAUUAUCAACUUCUUACUGGAGCAGCUUCUCAACUACCAGAGAGUUGAUGACGCUGAAGUUGCCCAGAAGGACCCGAAGCCAGUGGAGGCUGCCACCUCAUCCGUCUCUCCAGGUUCAUCAUCGGCGGCGGACAGUCCUACUGGUGCUGACAGCAAGGAAAAGAAGUCGCCAAAAGUGCCUUUCAAACCCGAAGACCAUCCGAUAUUCGUUUAUCGGUGCUUCCUCCUCAACUGUUUGGCGGAACUUUUGCAGAGCUACAACCGCGCUAAGAUGGAGUUUAUCAACUUCAAGCGCGGCGCGCCUCUGUUGAUGCAUACCCCUGUCAAGCCGCGAUCAAGCGUUCUCAAUUACCUCCUCAAUGAUCUUUUGUGCGUCGGGACAUUGCCAUCUUCAAUGGAUACCACAGCAGCAAAGAAGAAGACCGCAACAUCUGAUCAAGCUCGCCAGGUCCUCGUUGCGCUGGUGAGCAAGACGAAUGAGAAGUUUGGUGAUCAAACCAAGGACCGCUACGAGUACGACGAAGAGCCAGACCUGCUCUUUGUGCGAAAGUUCGUUCUAGAUACCAUCCUUCGAGCGUACAAGGAGGCGUCUACACCCAUCGAAGCAUUUGAUGUUCGCUACGCGAAGAUGCUGUCCCUUGGCGAACUCAUGGCACACAUGAUCGGCGAGAAGGACAAAGACUCCGCAACACACCGUCUACCUCACAAUCCCUCAACUCGUUCCCAAAUGCAGCUCCGGCGUCUCAUGUACGAGAAGGGCUACCUAGCUGCUCUGACCGCUUCGAUUGCCGAUAUUGACCUCAGUUAUCCCGGUGUGAAACGAACUAUCAAGUAUAUUCUUCGAGUUCUUCGCAUCCUCACAGAGACUGCCAUCCAGCUGAGUCACUCCAACAUCCUGCCGUUGGCACCGAACGAAGGUGUUGAAGACGAAAUUGCCUCAGCCUCAUCUUUGUCUGACAUAGACGAUGAUCGCGAAGAAACUCCUGACCUUUAUCGAAAUUCGGCACUGGGUAUGCUUGAACCGCGGGAAGAAGAUGACUUCUCGGAUGAGGACGAAGAUGACGAGAUGUAUGACGAUGGUUACGAUGAGGGACUUGACUACGACGAAGAGAUCACCGAGGAUGGCGAGGAGGACAUUAGUGACGAAGACGAAGAGGAGAUGGGUGACAUCGAAGGUCUGCCGGGCGAGCCUGGUGUGGUUGAAGUUAUCAUGGACGAAGAUGAGGACGAUGAGUCCAUGGAUGAUGAUGACGACGACGAAGACCUGAGCGAUGAUGACGAUGAUGACGAUGACGAGGAAAUCGCCUCCGAAGACAUGGAGGAUGUCGAGAAUCAGAUCGAAAUUGCUGGCGAAGGCAAUGGUUUAGGCGAUGGCGGCUCGUCGGGCUGGGAGAGCGAGCACAGCGUCGAGGACGAUGAGCUUGACUACGAGGGCGAGGGCCAGGACCUCGACGAGAUGCACAUGCAUGAUAUUGAGCCGGAACAACUCGGACGGUUUGCCGAUAUCGCUCGCGCUAUGCAGGCGGUCGAUGAUAUGGAUCCAGAGGAUAUGGGUACCUUUGAGGAUCAUUACAUCGACGACGGUGCGGACGAUGAUGACGAUGAAGAUGACGAUCUGGAUGGUGAGGAGUACAUCUAUGAACAGGAGUAUCCCCAUGAUGAGCCCCCCCCUCCUGUCAAUCUUGGGUGGGACAACAUGUUUGUGGAGCAUGCCCACAACCACCGAGCUCAUCGUCACGGCGGCUUGCGCAGCCCAUUCCCAGGCGGACACUCCGUGGUCUUUGGAGGGCCGAGACAUCCUUUGGAUGACUUCCGAGGCGUGCCUCGAUCAGGGCGUUCUGGAGCUGCCCCGAACAAUCCGGAUGACGGGACCAACCCACUACUCCGCCGAACCAACAAUGGCCGCGACUCAUCAAUGCGGCCCGGCAAUAGUGGAGCUUCUGUGCGAUUGGGGGUUCCCGGCAAUUUUCUCGGUGGAGGUUUCAUGGACAGUCCUCUGGCAUUCAUCAACGAUAUCGUGGCCAGCCUGCCCAAUUGGCCUCGUAGCGGACAGGCUCUUCAUUUCCAGAUCACCCAAGGACCUGGCGGAGAGGUGCGAGAGCUGAGUAUCCCUUUCAAUCCUCUUCAACCAGGGCGUGAGUCUCGGUCUGAGGGUCGACGGGAUACCUACCUUGAUCCGCACCACGCUGUGGCAUUUCUCACCGAGACAACACUAGAUCGAUGGCAAGAAGAGGCCAAAAUCAUCUUCGGCUUCAACCAUGUGGACAAGGCGCCAAAGCUCUUCACAUCAUGGAUCCUAGCAAAGCUCACUCCCGCGGCGAUAGAGAGGUCACGGGCGGAGAAAGCACGCAAGGAGGAGAUUGAGCGCAAAGCUGCAGAGGAGCGCAAGCGCAUCGAGGAGGAGAAGCGUAAGGAGCGUGAGGCGAAGGAGGCUGAAGAGAAGGCUGCCCGAGAGAAACAAGAGGCUGAGGAGCGGGAGCGAGCUGAGCGCGAAGCAGCUGAAGCAGCUGCUCAAGCAGAAUCUAUCGCCGAAGCACAACCUGCAGCUGGGGAGAACGAGAGCACCAGCCAGGCCAUGGAGGGUGUGGAGUCUACAACCAGACCAGAGCCCGAGGCGGAUGUACCUCGUGUGAUGACCACCAUCAGAGGCGAGGAAGUCGACAUCACGGGCUUGGGAAUCGACCCAGAGUAUCUCGCGGCUCUUCCCGAAGAGUUCAGAGAGGAGGUCAUUGCCCAAACCCUCACCGCUCGACGAUCCGAAGCUAGGGAGCAAGCCGAGACGAGUGGUGAGCAAACCGAGAAUUUCAACGAGUUCCUCGAUGCGCUUCCCCAAGACCUGCGGGACGAGAUAGUCCAGCAAGAGCGACAGGAACAGCGCCGCCGCCAACGUGAGCAGGAACGGCGCAAUGCUGCAGGUGGACAAGCAGCCCUGCCUCAGGAUAUGGACCCUGCAAGCAUUCUCCUCACCUUCCCUACCGAGCUACGGCAGCAAGUUCUUAUGGAGCAAGGCGAAGAUAUCAUUGAUCAGCUACCCCCAGACAUGAGAGCGGAGGUUCGGGCCAUGAACGCGCGCCACCAUCCCACACCAAGUGCACCUCGAGUUCGAUCAGGAGCCCAGGAAGCCGUACCCACAAGCGACAACAAGAUUCAACGGCGAACGGUAGUCCAGAUGCUUGAUAAGGCCGGGGUUGCCACUUUGCUGCGACUCAUGUUUAUCUCACAGCAAGGUUCUAUCCGCAAUUAUCUCUUCAGUGUCUUCGCUGAUAUUUGCGAGAAUCGCCAAAACCGACUCGAAGUCGUCAGCAGCCUUCUCCAGAUUCUCCAGGAUGGUAGUACCGACAUGACAGCAGUAGAACGCAGCUUUGGGCAGCUUUCUAUCAAGGCCAAGCAACCAAAAGACAAAGACCAGAAGACUCCUGGCGGGUUGAAGCGGUCCUUCACCAACAUCAGCAGCAGCAACCACGUUCCGACAAACUCUGAUAUCUCGCCUCUGCUCAUCGUGCAGCAAUGUCUCGACCUGUUGAGCGAGCUGUCAACCAGGAACCUUCACGUCCCUUCGCUGUUCUUGACUGAACACGAGCCAACAACUUCGUCUUUCAAGCGGGCUCUGAACAAGAAAGAAAAGGGCAAGGGGAAGGAUUCCAAGGCCAAUAGAUACGCCAUCAACUCCCUGCUGAGUCUGCUGGAUCGCGAUCUCAUCAUGGAGAGCUCUUCAGUCAUGCAGCUUCUGGCCGACCUCCUCAACAAAGUCACAUAUCCACUCCAGGCUCUAGAGCGUCGUCGCAAGGAGGCCCAGGAGGAAGCUAUGAAGGAGGCAGAGAAGAAGAAGAAGAAGGAAACCGAGGCCGCAGCCUCGGCUCAAGAGGCUUCGGCGGAGGGUUCGAAUGAGGCAAAUGUGCAGAGUCACCAGGCGGAGAUGCAAGAUGGAGGCUCUGCGGGCACGGAGCCCGGGCAGAGCAGCACACAAACAGACGCACCGACUUCUGAGAAGCAGACAGCCAAGGCGGCUGAGGAAAAGAAGGUCCACCAGCUGCAGCCCCCAGUGAUUCCAGUUGAAAAUCUCACUCUUGUCAUCAACAUCUUCGUGGCACGAGAGUGCAGCUCAAAGACCUUCCAGAACACGAUCUCCACCAUCAAGAAUCUCUCGAACAUCCCGGGCGCCAAGUCGGUCUUUGGUGAAGAAUUGGUUCGACAGGCACGACUGCUCAGCGAGAAUAUCGUGAACGACCUGAUCGAUCUCCUUCCGCACAUCGAAAAGGCCGAGACGGGCACGGAGAUUCAAGGAGUUGCCCUCGCCAAGUUCUCUCCGGGUGCCUCGGAGCAGAACAAGCUUCUUCGAGUCCUUACGGCACUGGAUCACCUGUUCGACACCAAGGGCAAGAAAUCUGACGAGCCUGUGGAUACCGAGGGCCCUCAAAAGGAAGAGUUUCUGAUGUCUCUCUACCAUAACCCGACAUUCAACACGAUGUGGGAGAAGCUGAGUGCUUGCCUGAGCGCCAUUCGGCAACGUGAGAGCAUGCUCAAUGUAGCGACGAUCCUCUUGCCGCUGAUCGAAUCACUCAUGGUCGUCUGCAAGAACACUACCUUGAGUGACAGCCCUCCGUCCCAGUCCCAGAAGGAGAUGCUCCUGUCCAGCCCCCCGCCAGAAGAUCGAAUUGCUGGCCUUUUCUUUGCCUUCACUGGGGAGCAUCGUCGCAUCCUGAACGAGUUGGUCCGCAACAACCCUAAACUCAUGUCGGGCACUUUCUCUCUGCUUGUUAAGAACCCCAAGGUUCUUGAAUUUGAUAACAAGCGGAACUACUUCAACCGUAGCGUCCAUGCCAAGACUGGAAACCAGGCCAGGCCUCCAUUCCCUACGCUUCAACUGUCCGUCCGGCGAGACCAAGUCUUCCAUGACUCGUUCAGGUCGCUGUACUUCAAGACCGGCGAUGAGAUGAAGUUUGGCAAGCUGAACAUCCGAUUCCACGGCGAGGAAGGCAUUGAUGCAGGUGGCGUUACGCGAGAGUGGUUCCAAGUUCUCGCUCGCCAAAUGUUCGACCCCAAUAACGCUCUCUUCAUUCCUGUCUCUUCUGAUCGGACAACGUUCCACCCCAACAAGCUCAGUUACGUCAACGAUGACCACCUCAUGUUCUUCAAGUUCAUUGGUCGUAUCAUCGGCAAGGCCUUGUACGAAGGCCGACUUCUGGACUGCUAUUUUAGCCGUGCGGUCUACAAGCGCAUCCUCGGCAAGCCCGUCUCUGUCAAGGACAUGGAGUCAUUCGACCCGGAUUACUACAAGUCACUUGUCUGGAUCCUCGAGAAUGAUAUUACUGAUAUCCUUACCGAGACUUUCUCGGUUGAAGACGACGAGUUUGGCGUAACCAACAUCAUUGACUUGUGUGAGAAUGGCCGCGACAUUCCGGUCACGGACAAGAACAAGAAAGAGUAUGUUCGCCUUGUGGUCGAGCACAAGCUCAUCUCCUCAGUCAAGGAACAGAUGGAGCACUUCUUGAAAGGUUUCCAUGACAUCAUUCCUGCCGACCUCAUCGCUAUCUUCAACGAGCAAGAGCUCGAGUUGUUGAUUUCUGGUCUGCCAGACAUUGACAUUGAUGACUGGAAAGGCAACACUGAAUAUCACAAUUACACCGCGGCAUCGCAGCAGAUUCAGUGGUUCUGGCGCGCUUUGCGUUCUUUCGACAAGGAGGAGCGAGCCAAGCUUCUCCAAUUCGUCACCGGCACUUCCAAGGUACCGCUCAACGGUUUCAAAGAAUUGGAGGGCAUGAAUGGUAUCAACCGGUUCAACAUUCAUCGCGAUUAUGGCAACAAGGAUCGUCUACCCAGCUCCCAUACUUGUUUCAACCAGCUGGAUUUGCCCGAGUAUGAGAGCUAUGAUGCCCUUCGCAGCCAGUUGCUCAAAGCCAUCACUGCUGGAAGCGAGUACUUUGGUUUCGCCUAA